AUGUGCUCUUCUGCAUUAGUGGUGUUUGUCUUUGGCGCUCUCACGGAAUGGCUGCAUUUCUACAAGGGGCUGUACUGCAGCCUGUGGAUCGUGAACGGCCUGCUGCAGUCCACCGGCUGGCCCUGCGUGGCUGCUGUUAUGGGCAACUGGUUUGGGAAAGCUGGGCGAGGGGUUGUCUUUGGUCUCUGGAGUGCCUGUGCCUCAGUGGGCAAUAUUUUGGGUGCAUGUCUCGCUUCGUCUGUUCUGCAGUAUGGUUAUGAGUAUGCCUUCCUGGUGAAGGCGGCCGUGCAGUUUGCUGGUGGGAUCGUCAUCUUCUUUGGACUCCUGGUGUCAUCGGAAGAAAUCGGUAUCCCAGGUAUCGAGACAGAAGAAAAUUUAGAAGACUCGCACAGGCCGUUAAUUAAUGGUGCUGAAAACGAAGAUGAAGCUGAGCCUAAUUAUUCAAUCCAAGAAGGCAAUACUGUGACCCAAGUGAAGGCAAUAAGCUUCUUCCAGGCUUGUUGCCUUCCUGGAGUUAUAGCGUAUUCACUGGCCUACGCAUGCUUGAAGUUAGUGGAUUAUUCCUUCUUCUUCUGGUUGCCCUUUUAUCUGAGUAACAACUUUGGAUGGAAGGAGGCUGAAGCUGACCAGCUGUCCAUCUGGUACGACGUCGGAGGAAUUAUAGGUGGAACGCUGCAAGGCUUCAUCUCUGACAUGUUACAGAGGAGAGCGCCGGUGUUAGCUCUCAGUCUGCUUCUGGCCAUCGGGUCCCUGGUUGGAUACAGUAGAUUCUUUAUUGGUGGACCUUCUAAUAUGAUAAGCUCUGCUAUUUCUGCGGACCUGGGUCGUCAGGAGUUGAUCCAAGGGAGCAGUGAGGCUUUGGCAACCAUCACUGGGAUCGUUGAUGGAACCGGGAGCAUUGGAGCUGCAGUGGGCCAGUAUUUAGUGUCUUUGAUCCAGGACAACCUGGGAUGGAUGUGGGUUUUCUACUUUUUCAUUCUUAUGACAAGUUGCACAAUUCUGUUUAUUUCGCCAUUAAUAGUGAGGGAAACAUGCUCUUAUGCAAAGACGACAAACUCGCGUAUUGAAUGA